AUGGUAGACACGUCUCCGCAAGUGUAUUGAUGCUGGGGGAGCGUAUUUUGAAGAAUUUUAAGCAUUUGUACCGUGUAGAAUGAUAAAUGGUGGCCACCAGCAGCAUGGUAUAUGAGGAGAUAGUUGGUAUACGGGGCAGCUGACCCCAGCCGCCGCGCACGCUUUUCACGCGCGAGAUGCCCCACAAUCUAAACUCAGUUUCCGCCAAUUCCGCCAACACAGGACCGAAUCAUCAAGCCUAUCCUCAGCAGCCGCACCAUCGAGAGAAUACAGAUGGACUCCAACCCGAGAAAGAACCGGUGGAAUUCGACAUUUCGCACUUGCGAGGUGCUCCAGCGGAGGUCGAGACGUUGGUGCACAACAUCAAGGAGGUGGCCCAACAAUUUCUCUAUCACUGGCGAACCUUCCCCAUCGUUCUGCCACCGUCAUUGUCCUCGUGCACGGAAGGCGAGGACACGUUGGCGCGAAAGAAGUACCAUCUGAGGGACCUUUUUGUGGCGCCCAGCUUCGACGAGUUGGACGCCGUAGCUGUCGACAGCAAGGGCGAGCCCAGAAGACUGACCAACAAACAGCUGGAAAGCAUCAGGGAACGAGGCUUACACAAGGAUAAAUAUGGAAAGCCGAAGAAGCUGAAUGCCACUCAAUUGGAGAGCAUUCGAAGAUGCGGAGAAUUUGAAGUGGACUCGAUCAACUUUGCCGGACAGACGCAUCGAUGGCGAUUGAGCGGGCUUCUUCAACGUGGCCGAGACAGACGGCGGGACGCGCUGCUGACAGAUCUCGCCCUGGCGACUAGGUUUCUCGUCGUGACUGCGAGGGCUAGAUUGAUCUCCCACUGUUUCAGCGUCUCGCAGUCCCUCAAGGCCUUCAUCACGGGACUAUUGCGACUUCUCGGUGGGCGAUAUUUGCAUUUAAUUGUCAUAUAUCCGCAUUAAUAUCAAUAUCGACGUAUAUGAUGAUCAAAAUAUAGACUUAACCUUGACUGACUUUUUCAAGGUCAGAUCAAGGUCACUUUAACUUUUCAAAUGAAAAGGAUAAAUAAUUUUUACGACCAAUAUUGGCUAAUAAAUAUUUAAUAAUUACCACAACGUUUUGACCAUGGGUUUUGGUACUUAUCAAGUGUACUACAAUAAAGUAAUUACAAUAAAUUCAUAGUAAUGCGUAAAAAUAUAUGUAAACAAA